AAAUAAUAUACCACCAUACUCUGCUGUACUUAUUACUUAUUCUCAGUCAAAUAUCUUCCAACUUUUAAAUACUAAUGAUAUCACUAGACCUUAUCAAUCACCUAACUCUAAUAAUGAUGGUUCAUCUUCUGAUUCAACUACUAAAAGCAUUAGAAAUAUACAAUGA